AUGGAUGGGAAAACAAGGAUCAACCUAGAGGUUGAUAGCUCCAAAACCGUCAACCUCAAAAUCGACGAAGACCCGACGAUCAGUCAAAAUAUUCCACCGGACAUUCUUCAUGGUAAAGUCAUGCAUCUUUCUAUAAAUACUGUGGACAAAAACACAAUGAUCAACCUAGAGGUCGAUAGCUCCAAAACCAUCGACCUCAAUAUCGGCGAAAAUCCAACCGGUGGAUAUAAUGGGCCGGACUUUCGUCAUGAAGUCAUGUUUAUUUUUAUUAAGACUUUGACAGGAAGGAGAAUCGUCUUAGAGGUGGAGAACUGCGACACUAUUGAAAACAUCAAGGCCAAAAUUCAAGAUAAACAAGGCAUCCCGGUGGACCAACAGAGGCUGAUUUUUAAAGGCAAGCAACUCGAAGAUGGUCUCACUUUAGCUGACUACAACAUCCAGAACGACUCGAUCCUUCACUUGAUAAAGCGUCUCUAAGACUUGGCGGCUAAUUUGGAGGAUUUAUAUUCGUAUUUCUGUUUUCUUGUCAAAGACUAGUGGAGUUUUAAUAAAUUCAAGAUGUUUUGUAUCUUGUUUUUGCUUAAUUUAUCUCUUUAAAAUAAAAUAAAA